AGAAUGUCCAAGCACACAGAUGCAACAGGAGACGUACUGUUGGAAAGAAAAGGUUGUGCAGGAGUGAUUACACUGAACAGACCAAAGUUACUAAAUGCACUGACUCUUAAUAUGAUUAGGCAGAUUUAUUCAGAGCUAAAGAAGUGGGAACAAGAUCCUGAAACAUUCUUGAUCAUUAUAAAGGGAGCUGGAGGAAAGGCUUUCUGUGCUGGGGGUGAUGUCAGAGCGAUCUCAGAAGCUGUAAAGGCAAAACAGAAGAUAGCUCAAGAUUUCUUCAGAGAAGAAUAUAUGCUGAACAGUGCCAUUGGGUCUUGCCAGAAACCGUAUGUUGCACUUAUUCAUGGAAUUACAAUGGGUGGGGGAGUUGGUCUCUCAAUUCAUGGACAAUUCCGAGUGGCUACUGAAACGUCUCUUUUUGCAAUGCCAGAAACAAGAAUAGGACUAUUCCCUGAUGUGGGUGGAGGUUAUUUCUUACCAAGACUUCAAGGAAAACUUGGUUACUUCCUUGCAUUAACAGGAUUCAGACUAAAAGGAAGAGAUGUGUACAGAGCAGGAAUUGCUACACACUUUAUAGAUUCUGAAAAGUUGGGCAUGUUAGAAGAAGAUCUAUUUGCCUUGAAAUCUCCUUCAAAAGAAAAUAUUGCAGAUGUCUUAGAUGCUUACCAUACAGAGUCCAAGAUUGAUCAAGACAAGUCUUUUAUACUUGAGGAACACAUGGAGAAAAUAAACAGCUGUUUUUCAGCCAAUACUAUGGAACAGAUUAUUGAAAAUUUACGGCAAGAUGGUUCCUCUUUUGCUCUAGAGCAGUUGAAGGUAAUUAAUAAAAUGUCUCCAACAUCCCUAAAGAUCACACUAAGGCAGCUAAUGGAGGGGUCUUCAAAGACCUUGCAAGAAGUAUUAACUAUGGAAUAUCGGCUAAGUCAAGCUUGUGUGGGAGGUCAUGACUUUCAUGAAGGUGUUAGAGCUGUUUUAAUUGAUAAAGACCAGAGUCCAAAUUGGAAACCAGCUGAUCUAAAAGAAGUUACUGAUGAAGAUUUGAAUGAUCACUUUAAAUCUCUGGGAAGCAAUGAUUUGAAAUUUUGAGGUGACUUGGCCUUUUAAGGUAUAUUCUGGAGCAAGAGUUGGAAAACUACAGCAGGUAGGCCAAAUCUGGCCUACUGUCUGUUUUAAUACAGCCUGCAAGCUAAGAAUGGUUUCUGUAUUUUUAACUGGUUGGGAGAAGAAAUCAAGACUAAUAUUUCUUGACAUGAAAGUUAUAUGAAUUGAAAUAUCAAUGUCCAUAAAUAAAUAAAGCUUUAUUGGAAAAUAGCUAUA